CGGAUGUUGAUUCGGAAAUGCUGUUGUGUUUUCCUUGAAACUAGCUUCAUGGCUUUAAAUCUCAGAUAACAGUGUAAAACUUUGCCUCAGAGAGGAGACGAAUACACAUUUACAGCUAAAGCUAAACCUUUCAUGCGGUUAUGACGUGACCAGUUACUGAGCUCCACGGGUAACGUUUUUAAAUACCCGUAUCACUUGAGAAAAGUGUCUGGACUGAGCAGAAUGCUAGCAUGUGUCGUUAGCAAACCACUGCAGGAAAUUAGCUCGUUAGCAUAGACAUACAGCCAGCCCAAAUGUUAUCAUGAGACUUAAGUGUUCCUCUUUAUGCUCGUACUCGAUUUAAAUAACACUGCGCAAUGGACACCGAGGCAAUAGUGAUCCGUAUAAAAACGCCAUUAGGGGACAUGGACUCGGCCGUUGACUGUCCAUCUCUUCUGAACUUCAAUGACUUACUGGUUGCAAUCAGAGAUGUCAUGCCUGAAGCCACUGUCACGGCCUUUGAAUAUGAAGACGAGGUGGGUGACAGAAUCACUGUAAGAAGUGAUGAAGAACUCAAAGCCAUGUUGUCAUAUUACUUCAACACAAUGAAUGAACAACGCAUGAAUGGACUUCUGCCUGACCCUCUACAGAUUUUUCCACGAGCCGGCAAGACUCCAGGGAUCCGGAACAUACAUGGCCUGAAGGUUAAUACAAGACCUAACCCAGCCAAUGACUGCACACAUGGUGUCCCAGACUCUAUGGCCAACAACAGCUUAAAAAAAUCAUCUGCUGAGCUGAAGAGGAUCCUGACAAAUGGGCAGAUAAAUGCCCAAGAUAUCCACUAUCAAGAGCAACUUGGCCAUGGAAACGGAGGCACAGUUUACAAAGCGUACCAUCUUCUGGGCAAUCGGGUUUUAGCUGUCAAGGUCAUUCCCCUGGAUAUCACAGUGGAAUUACAGAAGCAAAUCAUGUCAGAAUUAGAAAUUCUAUACAAGUGUGAUUCACCCUACAUCAUCACCUUCUUCAGUGCCUUUUUUGUAGAGAACAGGAUAUCCAUAUGCACAGAAUUUAUGGACGGUGGUUCUCUGGAUGUGUUCAAAAGAAUCCCAGAGCACGUGCUGGGGAGGAUAGCAGUGGCAGUAGUCAAAGGCCUGACAUAUCUGUGGAGUCUGAAGAUACUUCACAGAGAUGUCAAGCCUUCCAAUAUGCUGGUGAACACCCGAGGACAAGUCAAGCUCUGUGACUUUGGUGUCAGCACACAGUUGGUGAAUUCUAUAGCCAAAACGUAUGUGGGAACUAACGCAUACAUGGCGCCGGAAAGGAUAUCAGGAGAACAGUAUGGUAUCCAUGCAGAUGUCUGGAGUGUGGGAAUCUCUUUCAUGGAGUUGGCGCUAGGCAUGUUCCCCUAUCCACAGAUUCAGAAAAACCAAGGAUCUUUAAUGCCUCUCCAGUUACUGCAAUGCAUCGUUGAUGAGGAUCCUCCAGUUCUUCCUGUUGGCCAGUUCAGUGAGAAGUUUGUUCACUUUAUAACUCAGUGUAUGCGGCGGCAACCCAAAGAGAGGCCUGCCCCUAAUAACCUCAUGGAUCAUUCCUUCAUCAUACAGUUUAACGAUGGUAAUGCAGAGGUGGUGUCGAUGUGGGUUUGUCGCUGUCUGGAGGAGAGACGCGCCCAGCACGCUCAGGGACACGUCUGACGUCCUUGUGCUGUCCGCCCCCGAUGGACCAGGACGUUUGAUCCCAAACCUUGAACACUUUUCAAAGGCCUCAGGGUCAAGUAUGUCCGUAUGCACUGAACAAGUGACUCAGUCUACAUGGAGCCAAAUCACUAGAUGUUACAAACUUUAUGCGAGUAAUUCUUAAGCAGCACUGUGAGGAGCUCACAUCCUUUGAACUUUGCAUCUUAAUCUGCAUCCAAGAAGUGCACAGAGGUCUGCGCUUUCUUUCGAACAUGGGUCUCCAUCCGCAGUUUGGUCCCCACAUUUUUCAAGAGUAUACAGAAACGCAGUGAGCACGUCAGUCUGGUGAAUAGAGAUAAACAAACCAGAUUUAAAAGACCAGUGACAAGAAACAACUUCAAAGCAUAAGACAAAUUAAAUGCAUGGCAAAAGAAUGCUCUUUUUCUGGGACAGCAUCUCAAAUAACCGUCUUGUGCUUUACUGUAGACAGCCCUCUAGUGAAUGUUAAGGUUUUUGACUGUAAGUAACUGCCCAUGUGUGUGCCUGUUUUCCCAGUGCUGUAAUGUAUUACCUCGGCAAACUUAUGUUGUCACUGUAAUAGCAAAACUCCCCCCAAC